GUUGAUUUUGAUUUUGACUAAAAGCGACUCUGCACCUGCCUUCCUUAACCUUAUUAUUUAUACAACUUUCUCACCCCAUAACAAACCUUUUAAUAAUAAAAUUAAAAAUAAAAUAAAAUAAAACUUUAUAAGUUUGAAAAAUGAUGGCAGCCAUGGAAUCUCAAUGUGGAAGCUCAGAUCAGCUGCUCUUCUUGUUGCAUUUUUGUUCAUUUGCUGGGACUGAUUAAUAAAUUUUGGGCAUAAUUUGCAAAAAGUUAUAAUCUUUCAAUGCUAAAAAAGGGUUAUUUUUGGAAAAAGUAGUGAUAUUGAUUGAAGAUUGGUGUAAUUUAACUCUGCAACAUUCAAUGUUCAGAUUUUAAGGAUAAAUUUUGGAUCUUUCCAUAGAUUGUGAAUCUGGGUAUAUGUCUAUAUCAUGUGAAUUUAUGUGGAAUUCAGCAUAAUACAGUUGGUGGGUAGUAAAGCUUAGAACCCAUUUGACCCCAUGAAAAAGAUUCAAGCUUUCAUUUUUUGUUAAUUACUUGGACAUUUUUGGGAGAUUUUGAUCUCAUUAUUAUCCUGAACCCUUAAUAAAUGCUUUUUGUAAAAAUCUUAGCAAUGCCAGAGAAAACCUUGCGUUCCUCAAGGUUGCUUCUGGGCAUAACGGCUUUUUCUAUGUUAUUUCUUAUACUUUCAUCCUUUUUUCUAUUUCAUUCAGUCAUAAAUCCUCUUAUACCCUCAUGUGUUUUUAAGCAAUUUGUCGCGGAUAGUGUCCCAAUUGAGAAUAAACCCGAGGGUAGUGAUGAAUUCGAGCUACCGAAACCUGUUGUACCAUUAUCACCUUCAUCAAUUCUAGACACACAUAAAAUAGAGAAAAUUUCGAUGGUUCCUCAUGAAGAUACAAUUUUGAGUGAGGAAACCGAUGUUUUGUUGGAAAAUGAGUCGUGUAAUCGAAAUAAAGCUCUCCUAAGAGUAUACAUGUAUGAUAUGCCUCCCGAAUUUCAUUUUGGAUUGUUAGAUUGGAAGGGAGGUCGAAAUCAAAUAUGGCCCGAUGUUACUGAUCUAAAGCAUGUUCCAAGAUAUCCCGGUGGCUUGAACUUGCAACAUAGUAUAGAAUAUUGGCUCACUCUUGAUCUUCUGUCAUCGAAUGUUAAGGAAAUUGUUAGACCUUGUAGCGUAAUUAGAGUAAAAAAUCCUAGUCAGGCAGAUUAUAUAUUCGUGCCAUUUUUUGCAUCCUUAAGUUACAAUCGGCAUUCUAAGGCUAUGCGACAAGAUAAACUCACCAUCAACCGAAAAUUGCAAGAUAAAUUAGUGGAUUACUUGAUGAGUCGGCCAGAAUGGAAUAUAUCCGGUGGGAAAGACCAUAUUCUCGUUGCCCAUCAUCCAAAUAGUUUGUUGUAUGUAAGAAAAAGGUUGGGUUCCGCUAGAUUUGUGCUUGCAGAUUUUGGACGAUAUGCUGCUAGGACGGCUAAUUUGGAGAAGGAUGUCAUUGCUCCUUACCAGCAUGUCGUUAGGAGCAUCAGUAAUAACAGCUCAGCUCCAUUUGAACGGCGUCCUACAUUAGCAUAUUUCCAAGGAGCAAUUUAUAGGAAAGAUGGAGGAAUAAUUCGUCAAGAGCUUUUUUAUCUCCUAAAAGAUGAGAAGGAUGUGCACUUCACAUUCGGAAGUACUCAAAGAAGUGGUGUCCAUCAAGCAAGCCGAGGGAUGGGAUCUUCUAAAUUUUGCUUAAACAUAGCUGGAGAUACCCCUUCAUCUAAUCGUCUAUUUGAUGCCAUUGUGAGCCAUUGUGUCCCUGUCAUUAUUAGCGACAACAUCGAGCUACCGUUUGAGGAUGUCUUGAAUUACUCAGAGUUCAGUGUGUUUGUCUGGGCGUCAGAUGCUGUAAAACCAGGAUUCCUGGUCAAUCUUCUUGGGGGAAUCGGGAAGAAUGAGUGGACAAAGAUGUGGGAGAAACUCAAGGAAGUUGCCCAUCAUUUCGAGUAUCAGUACCCAUCUCAGCCCGAGAAUGCGGUUGAUAUGAUUUGGCAGGCAUUUGCUCGAAAAAAGUCGGCUUUAAAGGUAAGGCGUAGGGAGAGGUUGUAUCGGAUGUCAUAGUAUUAGUCUCUUUCGGGAUAGCAAAAACCGCAGAUGGUUGCUCUUGAAAACUUGCCCAAAUAGCUUGAUUUCUGUCCAAUGAAUGGAGCAUCCUUCACAAAAUGUUAGAAUUGCAUAUAGAUUUUUUUCUUUUUGUGUAGAAAUACUUUGCCAAAGUUAGCAAGUUAUGUUAGCUAUCUAAUUUUGUUUUAGGAGACCAUGAUAUUGUUGUUUGUCAUGUUCCAUUAAAUGAAAUCUCAUUGAAGUUCCAUUUCUCACAUAUGUUGCGUGAUAUACUCUCUCUAUCUCUUUGAUUUUGCUACUUUUACGUGUUGCAAUUAUUCUUCGAUUGAUUUAGAUGAAACACUAUCGAUACGUAGGGGCUAAACUACGGUUAAAUCAUAUCAUUCACAGUAGUUUGCUAUAAAAUUCGCGAUAUUGUUAGCAACAAGGAGUGACCCUUUAAGGUAUGGUUCAAGCUUGUAAACCCAGAAACCUGGUGAAGUUGGGUAGCAAGUAACGAGUACACAUGUCGCGCAUACCAUAAAUAUGUUAAAUUUGUGGUUGUCGAUAAAACAGCCCAUUGUG